AUGGAUGAAACUGAAACAUGUAAUCUUCCUUAUUAUUAUAAUGAUAUUGAUCGAAAUAAAAGUGAAACAAUACUUCGAUCAAUAAAUCGUCCUGGAUGUUUUUUAAUUCGUCAACAUGAAAAUAGUUCAUCGAUAUCAACGUCAUCAAUUAAAAGUUUAUAUAAUGGAAAUAUUCCAGUUGCUAUUAAAACAUGUUCAAUAUCAAUCGAUGAAAAUGAAUCAAAUAUAUUACGUGAAAGACGAAUAAUGAUGAAUAUAGUUCAUCGUUAUUUAAUUCAAUUUUAUGGCUUAUGUCAUUUGGAUAAUAAACUUUGUUUAAUAACUGAAUAUAUUCGAAAUGGAUCUCUUCUUUUUUUGGCUACAACAAGAUAA